UCUAUUCACUACUACAUGCGCACCACUGAGCACAACUACACCAGCGUCCCCGAGCCGCUGCAAUGCACAGGGAGUCUGGAUUUCCGGGAGCUGCGCUUUGCUUGUGCAAUGGUCUUCGCCAUCAAGGAGAUCAACAACAGCUCAGAGCUCCUGCCUGGUGUAACACUGGGUUACCAGAUCCACGACUCCUGUUCUUCUGUGCCAAUGGCUGUAAAGAUUGCCUUCCAGCUGGCGAAUGAUAUGGAUCCAGUCUUCUUUCCCAACGAAUCUUGCUCCAAGUCCGCCACAGUCCACGCUGUCGUGGGUGAGUCUGGCUCCACACCCUCCAUCGCUAUGUCCCGAAUCCUCGGACCCUUUGGCAUCCCGCAGGUGAGCCCCUAUGCCACCUGCGCUUGCCUCAGUGACAAGAAGCAGUACCCAACCUUCUUCAGGACCAUCCCCAGCGACUACUUCCAGGCAGCUGCCCUGGCCCGGCUGGUGAAGCAUUUCGGCUGGACGUGGAUCGGGGCGGUGCGGAGCGACUCCGACUACGGCAACAAUGGGAUGGCUGCCUUCCUGCAGGCAGCGCAGGCGGAGGGCAUCUGCGUGGAGUAUUCUGAGGCCUUCUACCGGACCAACCCCCGCGCCAAGAUACAGCGCGUGGCCGAGGUCAUCAGCCGGUCCACGGCCCGCGUCGUGGUGGCGUUCGCCGCCCCGGGAGACAUGCUGGUCCUACUGCCGGAGCUGGAGCGCCAGGCGCCGCCCCCUCUGCAGUGGAUCGGGAGCGAGGCGUGGGUCACCGACCCGGAGAUGCUGCGGUACCGCCUGUGCGCCGGCGCCGUUGGCUUCGGGAUCCGCCGCUCUGUCAUCCCGGGGCUGCGGGAGUUCCUGGUGGACCUCACCCCGGCGCAGGCGUCCGCGUCGCCCCUCCUCACAGAGUUCUGGGAGACGGCUUUUGGCUGUAGCCUGGGGAAAGGCCCGGCGGAAGGGGGUCGGAAAGUGUGUGACGGACGAGAGGAUCUGCACCAGCUUCAGAACCCCUACACAGACACAUCCCAGCUGCGCAUCACCAACAUGGUGUACAAGGCCGUGUAUGCAGUAGCUCACACCAUGCACAGCCUCAUCUGCACAGAUCAACCAAACGCUCCACCCCACUGUGACAAAAACAUCCACAUCGAGCCACGGCAGCUCCUGGAGCGCCUGAGAAUGGUAAAUUUCACAAGAAAUGGAUACAAGGUCUCCUUUGACGCCAACGGGGACCCUGUGGCUACCUACGAGCUGGUGAACUGGCAGGUGACGAGGGACGGAGGCGUGGAGUUUGUGACGGUUGGUCACUACGACGCAUCUGCUCCUGAGGGACAGGUGUUCAGCAUGCACAGAAAUAUCACCUGGGCAGGCGGCCAGACACAGGUGCCUGUGUCAGUGUGCAGUGAGAGCUGUCCCCCAGGCACUCGCAAAGCCAUGCAGAGAGGGAGGCCCGUCUGCUGCUACGACUGUGUGCCCUGCGCUGAGGGAGAAAUCAGCAAUACCACAGAUUCCCUAGAUUGUGUCAAUUGUCCAGCAGAAUACUGGUCAAACGCUCAGCGUGAUGAGUGUGUCCCUAAGCCCAUUGAGUUCCUGUCUUUCCAUGAGGUUCUGGGGAUCAUCCUUACGGCAUGCUCAGUGAUUGGAGCUAGCACAGCUAUUGUAGUGGCCAUGGUGUUCUACAGGCACAGGGACACGCCCAUUGUCAGGGCCAACAACCAUGAGCUCAGUUUCCUGCUGCUCUUUGCAUUGAAACUGUGUUUCCUUUGCUCCCUCACCUUCAUCGGUCGGCCCUCUGAGUGGUCCUGUAUGCUGCGCCACACAGCAUUUGGUAUUACCUUUGUCCUCUGCAUCUCUUGUGUUCUGGGGAAAACAAUAGUGGUCUUAAUGGCCUUCAGGGCUACACUUCCAGGCAGUAAUGUCAUGAAGUGGUUUGGGCCUCCACAGCAGCGACUGAGUGUUGUAUCUUUUACUCUUGUGCAAGCUGUGAUAUGUACCCUGUGGCUAGUUCUGUCACCUCCUUUCCCCAUCAAAAACAUGAAACAUUACAAGGAGAAAAUCAUCCUUGAAUGUGACCUGGGAUCAGCUAGUGCUUUCUGGGCUGUACUGGGGUAUAUUGGUCUCCUCUCUGCCUUGUGCUUUGUGCUGGCUUUUCUGGCUCGUAAACUGCCUGAUAACUUCAAUGAAGCCAAAUUCAUCACAUUCAGCAUGCUCAUAUUCUGUGCAGUCUGGAUCACCUUUAUACCAGCUUAUGUCAGCUCACCUGGAAAGUUCACUGUAGCUGUGGAAAUAUUUGCAAUUUUAGCUUCCAGCUUUGGCCUGAUCUUUUGCAUUUUCGCUCCCAAAUGUUUUAUUAUAUUAUUUAGACCUGAGCAAAAUACCAAGAAGCACAUGAUGGGGAAAGUGCCAUCAAAAUCCCUCUGA